UCCAAUAAUUGCCUUUCCACUCGCUUGCUCUAUUUCUAUGGCUCCGGUGAGAGUCAGUCAGCUGGAGACUGAUCCGAGGCAUCAGAAGAGAGAAAGACGUGAGGAAGCAAACAGCUAUCAUGGCAUCGUUAAACCUCGGGUUCAAUGGGGCUCGUAAAAAAACAGCAGCGCGUAUCAGAGCCGUGGAGAGGAGAAAUCUGAUCACCGUGUGCAGGUUCUCAGUGAAGACCCUCAUUGAUCGCUCAUGUUUUGAGACGAUAGACGACACGUCUGCUGAGUUCAUCAACUUCGUCUCCAUUCUAGAACAUAUUCUCAGCCAUAGACUCAAAGGUCAGGUCAGCUGGUUUGGCUAUGAGAGCCCUCGCAGUUUCUGGGAUUAUAUACGUAUAGCGUGCAGUAAAGUCCCCCACAGCUGCAUCCACAGCAUCGAGAACAUGGAGAACGUCCGCAGCUCUAAAGCAAAGGGUCGUGCCUGGAUAAGAGUGGCUUUAAUGGAGAAGCGUUUGUCUGAAUAUAUCUCUGCAGCUCUGAGAGACUUCAAAACUACAAGGAGGUUUUUUGAGGAGGGGGCUGUGGUUCUGGGUGAGGAGGCGGGGCUUCUUGCAGAUACUCUGAUUGGACUGAAUGCCAUUGACUUCAGUUUCUGUCUGAAAGGGGAGGGGCUUGAUGAGAGCUGUCCUGUCGUCAUUGACUACACACCGUACCUAAAAUUCACACAAACUUCUGACAGCAUUAGCAGCGAUGAGGAGGAGAUGAGAACGCUGGGCAGCAGCGGCAGUGAAGCAGGCACUCCUGAAUCCCACAUGGCUGCCAGUCUGCUGGCCGAUCAGAGCACCUGGUACAGCAAGAGCAAAAGACUAGAGCAGAAAUACAGAGUCGUGAUGGAACAGAAGGGUUAUCUGGAGGAGCUGGUGUGUCUGAGGGAAGCUCAGCUCUCUGAGUCUGUCUCUCAGAAUAAAUCUCUACUGCAACGGCUCAAAGACACCGAAAAUAGCCACAAAGAGGAGAAAAAGCAGCUGGAGAUCAUCAUACUGGAGCUGCAGGAUCAGCUGACGGUGAUGAAGAACUAUGACCUUCGCUCCAGACAGGAGCUCACCUCGCACCUGACAAACCAAUGGCCCUCACCUGGUGCCUUGGAUACGAAUGCAGUUGCCUUGGAUACGCUCCUCUACAGGAAACGCACAGCACCAUGGGAAGAGAAGAGCUUCCAGAGUUUGGAGCAGCUUUCUGCAGAUAUGAGUCUCUCUCAGACAUCUCUGGAGCCAGCACAACUGAACACACACAGUCUGGAAAGCAAGGCAGGACUUACACACUGGCACAGAGAAGGUUUGCGAUGGAAAGAGGAUACUCCGUCUCUGAGGGGUUUGUGUGGUUCCUUAACCUCAGUGGCCAGUUACAAAUCUCUGGCCAGUCUGAAGUCCAGUGAGUAUCUGGCCAGUCCUACAACAGACAUGACCAGCCCAGGACUGACUCCGUCCUGAGAGACAAGUAUGGACAUAUAAACACAACCACAAACACACGGAAACGGAAAUCUAGCUAUCGGUAUCAUCCUCAGAGCUUCUAAGAGACAUUUCAGCUAGACAAGAUGAAACCCUAGUGCUGUCCUGACUGGUUUGAGGUUAGUUUGUUUUUAGAUGUGAACAUUAGGUCGCUGAAGUCCAUAGCUAGUGUAAGCAUUAGUGAAUACUGAGCAUAAUGUAUCACGAUGAAUGACAAUCUUGACUCAGGACAUCAGUGAAUUUCAGCUGUUUGGGAAAUUUAGUUUAUCUGCCCAGUUCAAAUGGCUGCUUUUUUUUGGAAAGUAUUUGCUUCUGUUUAUAAAAAUUGUCUUGUGUGGAGUUACCCUAAAUUGCUUUUAAAUUCGAUUCAACUUUAUUUCUCACUACUUUAUUUGAUCUGAUAUUAAAUGUUAGAUUUACUGUUUUAUUUAAUAUUUUAUUGUAUUUUAACUUUGACUUAACUUCUUUCAUUAAAUUUUAUAUUUCAUUUUAAUGUUUCAUUUCAUUUUAUUUUGUUAUAUUAUUAUUAUUAUUUUCCUCCUCUUAAAAACACACUUUUCUGUUUAAAUUACAUCAAUUAUUGUAAUUAAUCUGGUCUCUCUCUUCACAUUUUGGUCCCUUUAAAGAAUAAAGAAAAAUAAAGAAAUUUCAGUAACAAUUCUGUCCUCUUACAUGGAGAGGUCUUACAUAUUCAUCAGCUCUGUGAUUUACAUAAUCAUUCAGCACUCAGACAUUAGUUUUGCAUUUUUCCCACAGUCACUCUCAGAUAGUGGCUAGUGUGUGCAUUGGUGUAAAGCAUUGCCAUGCAUUUAUAUAAAUAAAGAAAAAUAAUAUGGAUGACAUAUUGAACUGGAACAAGAAUGUAUUCAAAGAUCUUUAACUUAAUCUAUAAAAUAGUUUUAUCAAUUUAAUGGAAUUAAUUAUGAAAAAGACAAAUUAUUUUAGUUAUGUAAAUGCGUAAGCUACUACCUCCAGAGCAAUUCAAGCUUAAAGUACCACUUUGUUUUUGACUGUAUAAUGAAGCUGUGGACUAUAGAGCCAUGAUUUUCAAUGACAUGGACAUAAAUAAUAUAGCCAUUUUUUUCAUGUCAAAUCCAUGAUUUUUUUUCAUCGACCACAAUUCUUUUCAAUAGGCUUUUUUUUUUGUGGUUAAUUUUAUUACAAAACUAGAAUGUCAUAAUUAACAUGCAGUAUUUAAUUCAUUUUUAAUCCAUUGUCUGAACCCAGUUUAAUGUAAAUGUAAGGUUUAACUGUAGAAUUAAUAGGUAAAGUUGUGUUUGAAGUUCAAGUUGAAUACUCCUUAUACUGCUGCUGAUAAUAAAAAAAAAAUCAAUUUAAUAUUACCAGUGUGAUUUGAUCAUAAAACAGACCUGUUUAUAAAAUCAGUUUAAGAGGCAUGCUAAGCCAUGGGUUAUAUGUAAAAAUAAUUAAAAGUGUUACGAAAUGUGUAUGAUUACUCAUGAGCAUCAGUGCAGUCAUAACAGAAAUUCCAGGGAAACACGUAUGCAGAAUUCCCUUUGUUGCCGCUCAUCAAAAAUAGUAUUGUCAGCUCAAACAUUGCCUUGCUGAACAUCCAUGUUCUUAGUGUUGAAGAAUGUCUCGUCUAACUGUGUGUGACUUCAGUUCUGUACCGCACAAAUGCAUGUUUAACACUGUUCAGAGCUCUGUACACCUAAAUGUGCAUCUCUAAAUGUGUGUGUUUUUUUUUAGAUUCUUACAGCACUGUUUGAUCUAAAAUGUGCAACUGUAAUGUUUAUAGUGGAAUGAAGGAAAUGCAUUUAAGUAUUACUUUUCAGUUUAAAGAGUUUUAACCUAUACAUUUGAGAAAAGUUACAUGCCUUUACAGACAUUUUGGAAUGUAUUUUGUUUCUCGAUGCUUUGAAAUCUGUUUUUAGGAUUGAGUUUUUCUUUCUAUAAUUUUCUGUUGCAUGGUGAAAGAAAUAAAUGGGGUGAGGGUAAUGAGGGCGCACUGAGAUGAAUAUCAUAUAUUCAGCUAAUUAUAAUUUAGCCUCAUUAUGUUUGGUCAAAUUUUAAUUUAUGUCUUCUAUGAAUGUUUUCAUCUAUGAUCGUGUCUUUUCAAUAAAUUCCAAUGUAAAUAC